GGCCCCGGCCCCGCGCUGGCACUGGCGCCCUGGUCGCCGCGGGGACAGGCAGGCCCGGCGGGCGGGGGAUGCUGCGGCUGCUGGCGUCCCGCUGCGCCCGGGGCCCCGGGGCCCGCGGGGUCGCUCGUCCCGCCGCGGGGCUCCGCGACCCCUGCCGCGCUCCCGGGCGCCGGGCCUCCGACGCCCCCCGGAACCUGCCCCCCAGCUCCGACGUGGUGGCGCGGCCGGUGGGCGUCUGCUCCAUGAUGCGGCUGCCGCUGCAGGCCUCCCCGGAGGGGCUGGACGCCGCCUUCGUCGGGGUGCCCCUGGACACGGGGACUUCCAACCGGCCCGGGGCGAGAUUUGGACCCCGACGGAUCCGGGAGGAAUCAGUGAUGCUUCGGACAAUCAACCCCAGCACGGGGGCCCUCCCCUUCCAGUCCCUCAUGGUCGCAGACCUAGGCGAUGUGAAUGUCAAUCUUUACAACCUUCAGGACAGCUGCCGCCUGAUUCACGAGGCCUAUCAGAAAAUCGUGGCUGCCGGCUGUGUGCCUCUGACCUUGGGUGGAGAUCACACAAUCACAUAUCCUAUAUUGCAAGCCAUGGCAAAAAAGCAUGGCCCUGUGGGGCUGCUGCACGUGGAUGCUCACACGGACACGGCUGACAAGGCCCUGGGAGAGAAGAUCUAUCACGGGACCCCCUUCCGUCGGUGCGUGGAGGAGAAACUUCUGGACUGUAAGCGCGUCGUACAGAUUGGCAUCAGGGGCUCUUCUACAACCGUGGAUCCCUACAGAUACAGCCGGAACCAGGGCUUCCGGGUGGUGCUGGCUGAAGACUGCUGGAUGAAGUCGCUGGUCCCUCUGAUGGCAGAAGUGAGGCAGCAGAUGGGAGGCAAACCCAUGUAUAUCAGCUUUGAUAUUGACGGCUUGGAUCCUGCCUAUGCACCAGGGACAGGGACACCGGAAAUUGCUGGUCUCACCCCUAGUCAGGCUCUGGAGAUCAUCCGGGGCUGUCAAGGCCUGAACGUGGUGGGCUGUGACCUGGUGGAAGUCUCACCGCCAUACGACCCUUUUGGAAACACGGCCCUCCUGGCAGCCAACCUGCUGUUUGAGAUGCUGUGUGUUCUCCCCAAAGUGAGAGUCGUCUGAACCUUGUGCUGUCAACACAGAAUAACAGGUCGCAUCAAGGACCAGUUCUGAAGCACCUGUCAGUACUACAGAGUUUGUGCCAAUAAAACUUUCUGCUCCAAGUGUCAGUGGUGGCUGUAAAAUCAGGGCACAAACAGAACUCGAAUCCAGACCGCUAAUAUUUCUAAGGAGUUUGAAUU